CAACAAACGUCACAUCAUAACCUUAGCUUCGAGGUACAGUUUCUCAUUCGUUCAACGCUAGAGUUACCUGACAACUUCUCUUCUUUAUCUUCAUAUCUUUGAACUGUGAACCGUGAACCGUGCAAAAAUAAAAGGUCGGCCGUUUAUUUUCACGAACCCCAUCAUUUUACAACAACACUCUACUUCUAUUUGUCCGUUCUUCAUCCACGCCCGAUUAUCAACGCCGCCAUUUAUUGCAACAUGGCGAGCAGCGUCGAUCACGAUGCUCUUACGAGCGAGCUGAUGAAUAUGACUGGGGCCUCGACCGAACAGGCUACCCAGUACCUCUCCGCAAGCAACUGGGACCUUGCUUCCGCUGCCCAAGCCUUCUUCGCCGACGAGGAAGAGCAGGACGCCGCGGGUGUUCCUCCCGUGACUACUGGUGCCACCAGCUCCUCGACUUAUACGGGCCCGCGCACCCUCGAUGGUCGACCUGCCCCGCAAGCCAUUCCCACCAUUUCCAGCUCAUCCAAGAAGCCACCCAAGAAGACGGGACUCGCCACCUUGAGUUCUCUCGGAGGCGGCCACGGCCAUGAUCACGAUGACGACGACGAUGAUGAGGACGAUGAAGAUAUUCACAGAGACACAUACGCUGGAGGCGAGAAGAGUGGACUUGCGGUUCAGGAUCCGAGCCAGCGCAGCACCGAUCCUCGACGAAUCCUGAAUGACCUUCUUGCCAAGGCCCAGAGCAAUGCGCAACGUCCUGAGGCCUCAUCCCCCGCCGGUCCCUCCAGCACGCGAGCCUUCCGCGGUGCCGGUCAGACUCUGGGUGGUGAAGGCACACCCAGUCGUACCAUUCCCGACCCCCUCGGACAAGCUGCUGCUGCCCCCGGAAGCCGUGCACGCCCUCAAGGCGGCGAGGUCCAAGAGCGAACGCUGCACCUGUGGCGCGAUGGUUUUAGCAUUGACGACGGAGAGUUGCGCCGAUUCGAUGACCCCGAGAACACCGAUGCUUUGAGUAUGAUCCAGCAAGGCCGCGCGCCUAUUCAUCUGAUGAACGUUCGAUACGACGAGCCCCUCGAUGUUAAGUUGCAGCAGCACGACGAGAAUUACCGACCUCUUCCCAAGGUUUACAAGCCAUUCGGUGGUGAGGGUCGCCGUCUUGGAAGCCCCGUGCCGGGCGAGUCUAGUGCCGCUACUACUACCACGACUCUAUCCACCUCGUCAGCUCCUGCCCCGGCCGCUGCUGCCGCGCCGUCUUCGUCAACACGUCCUAGCACCUUGGUGGACGAGUCUCAACCUACACUCAUGAUUCGCAUCCAGAUGCCUGACGGCACGCGAUUACCGGCUCGAUUUAACACCUCGCAGACGAUCAACGACGUGUACGACUUCAUCUCCCGUUCCUCGCCCGGACUUAGCGCCGGUGGAUGGGUGUUAGCUACGACUUUCCCCAACAAAGACCACACGGACAAAUCCCUAAAGCUGGGUGACAUGGCAGAGUUCAAGAAAGGUGGUACUGCUAUGGUGAAGAGAGACAAAUGAGUACGGGUAUGACGUUUCUGAUAUGCUGGGCGUUUAUCGCGAUAGAACUGCAGUUCCUAGAUAAUUUGCCUAAGUAGCUAUGGCAUUAGAUGCAGAAGUCAUAGACACGAAGAAUCGCCUAUUGCGAUUAAUUU